AUGGAUACACUAGGCAGAUUUUCCCAAGUGGCAGUUUAUGCUCUCGGUAUCAUAUUGCCAUUGAGCAUUUUUGCUCUUAGCUACCAACUUGUACUUCACCCAUUGAAAAACUACCCCGGCCCGUUCAUCGCCAAAUUCACAGAUGGCUAUGGUGGCUAUCACGCCGUUAAAAAGCGUCUUCACCUUGCUACAUAUUUCGACCAUUUGAAAUAUGGCCCCGUAUAUAGACAAGCUCCCAACCGUCUAGUAUUCAACACCUCCAGCGCUUUACGAGCAUUAACCUACCCAGCAAUCUACCUCCACCCCUCCAUAAACAAAGCCCAUAUCUACACUCACACCCAAUUCAACCCCCAAGCCAACAUUUUCGGCACACUAGAACGAGAACGUCAUCGCCAAAAACUGGCUUGGCCAAUAAUGUCAAAAACAUGGCCACUCCUCCGACGACUCAAUCGGAAGAACGGCGUGGCAUUUUCUAAGUCAAUACAGAGUAUAAUACAAAGGCGCGUAGCUCUUCCUCAGGACGCAAAGCAUGAUUUCUAUUCUAUUGCAGGAGGGGAAGUCGGUGAAGAUGUGGAGAGUCUUGGGCGUAGCGAAUUAUGGGCUGAAGCUGUAUUUUUUAUUCCCGCGGGCGGCACAACCCUCUCCACAGCCCUCAGCUCCCUCUUCUUCUAUCUCUCCCGCCACCCCACUGCCUACACUCUUCUCACCACCGAAGUCCGCGACACCUUCUCCUCCAGCUUUGGCAUAAAAAGUGGAGCCCAACUGUCCUCAUGUAAAUACCUUCGAGCCUGCAUCGACGAAACAUUACGAAUGGCACCACCAUUCCUAGCCACAUUUUGGCGCGAACCUUUUUCGGAUUAUACAGAACCUUUUGUGGUGGAUGGACAUGUCAUACCGCGUGGUACAAUGGUUGGAGUCAAUCCGUAUUGUGUGAUGCAUAAUGAGGAGUAUUUUCCAGAGCCAUUUGCGUUUCGACCGGAGAGGUGGUUGGUAUCUGAGAAAGGAAGCUUUGGCACCCCAAAAGAAGAGCAAAACCUCGCCUCCAUGCGCGCAGCAUUUGCCCCCUUCGCCCUAGGAGAUACCGGCUGUCUCGGCAAAGCAAUGGCCUAUCAUGAGAUCAGUCUCGCAAUCGCGAAAACUUUAUGGUAUUUUGAUUUUGAAAAAGCAUCAGGCGAAGCUGGUAAGCUUGGUGAAGGACAGCCAGGGAAUAUGGAUGGGAGAGAUAGGGUGGAUGAGUAUCAAUUAUUUGAUCUUGCGGUUGCGGAUCAUGAUGGUCCGAAUUUGAUGUUUAUACCGAGAGAGGAGUAUUGGCGGGAAUUGGGUGAUGAAGGUUUGAAGGUGUUAAUUACUACUCUACUCGUUUAA